GGCAGCAUGACAGCACGAGCGUAAACAGAUAAGGCGCGCGAAAACAGCGUGUAUAAAAGUAGGGCUGUAUUUUGGCACGUGAACCAAGCGCACGCGACCGACAGGCAGCCCUGAAGAGCAAUGGCUCCUGGCACGCGCACACCUUCUCAGGAGAAAAACGACAAACCCAGAUUUAGAAAGCCAGCGGUGGAGAAACUGCGCAGAGAUCGCAUCAAUACUGGGAUCGAGCGUCUGAAAGUGCUGCUUAAGGACGAACUGGAUCCCAGAUGCAGGCUGGAAAAAGCGGACGUUUUAGAAAGGGCGGUUGUUUACUUGAAAAACAGUAAGUCGUUGGCACGCGCAUCUCCAGACCAGUUCUUCACUGACGGCUUCACCCGCUGCUUGGAGGAGAGCGCGUGCUUCCUCUCCAUGCACAUGAUGAGCGGUCAGAGUCAUGCAAUGCAUCCCAAAGGAUCUGAGAGUAUCAGUGUGAAUUUGCAUGCACUUAAAGGAAUCCCUGAAUGCACUGGGGCAGUUUGGAGACCUUGGUGAUUCCUAACAAUAACAACAAAAAAAGACAUUUAUUGAGGCGUGUUCAAGGUGCAAAGAGUAUUUCUGUGUUCAUGUAAACAGCAGCUGUUUUAGUGCAUAUACCUUCAUCUGUGUGAAGAUCAUUAUUCUUUACAAAUUGUAAAGUAAAAUAAUAAUAAGUAGAAGAAGAAGAAGUCAUGUCCAAAAGAGUAAAGGUGUGGAUGAGUCUAAGGUCUAUAUGAGUAGACACUAGGCCCAAAAAAUGGACCUGGAAAACAUAAACUGUCUGGUAUUGUAAGUCCAAUAUUGCAUAUAUGUUUGUAUUCCUGUGAUUAUUGCCUGUAGAUACGUUACUGAUUAUGCUUAUUAUCAUUACAUGGAUUUGAUCUAUCCAUUUGAUCUAUCAUAUUGAUAGAAGUGCCAAAGUAUGUCAACAACAAGACAAUAAAAAAGCUAAC